ACCUCCACCAACCGACGCUUCUUUUUUUUUUUUCUCUCUCUAAAUUUCAGAGCCUGAUUAUAUACGCAGCAAAAUAAUUACCAGGAAAAAAAAAUUAAUUCAACCAAUUUUCUGAUGCAAUAGAAAUUCGACCUCAUCUUCUUCUUCGCCUUCGUCUUCUAGUCUCGUCCUCGCUGCUCACUCAGGGUUUUUGGCGGCUGAUUUGGUUCAGGUACUGUUUUGUUUCGUCGCGAAUUGAGAGCAGAGCUAGGGUUUCGUUUUGAGGUACUGUGUGUCGAGCUAUGGGUGCGAUUUUGUUGAUAUGAGAUGGCUUCUUGCGAGGAUUUGAUUUCCGUGGAGGAGCCUCUGUGCGAGUCGCGUGGUACAGAGCAGCAGAUGGGCUCGGAGAUCUUGGUGGAGCAGCAAAGCUGCUUGGAGGCUCAGCCUGUACUUGAUGGUAAUGUGGAUCCUACGAGUGCGGCGGAUAGGUCUCUGGGGUUUUGGAGGAAUGACAAUGCUGGUUGUGUGAGCUGCAGUGAGGGUACGGAGUUGGGUGAUGUGGAAAGGGAGGGUUUGGCGGGCGGUCUUGGAAGCACAUGUGUUCUGGAGGCGGAAGAUUUUUUGAACAGUGAGUAUGUGAGCAGUAGGUGUGGUGAUCAGAAUGAUGUGGAUGGUGGUUGUGAUACUGAAAGUGGCAGGAUGCAGUUGAAGGAAGGCAACUGGUGCCGUGAGGAUGGCUUUGCUGGUUCAUUUGCCGACUGUGAAGUGCCCACGGAAGUCCUACCUUCUGCAGGGUCACCAGGAAAUGGUAUUCAACUGGAUGAUAAAAGUGGAAAUGGUAUUCAACUGGAUGAGUGCAGGGAUGAUAAAAGUGGAAAUGGUAUUCAACUGGAUGAGCGCAGGGAUGAUGAAAGUGCUAACUGUCUCUCUUCUGAAGGGAUGGCGGAAGUUAUGGAAGAGCAAGGUCAACUGCCCUUGGAAUUUGUAGAUGUAGAUGUUUGUAGGGAUUACAGCAUCUUUUCUGGUAAUUCAUUGGAAGCUCCUUAUGAGAAAAGUGUUGUUUCGACUGGAGUAGAAGAUGUUGGUUUGUGCAACGGGAUAUCACCUGCACGGGAUGGUCAAAUGCCUUCAGAAGUAUCAAACACUGGUGAUAUAGUGACUAACUUUAACUGGAAUAACAAACAUUUUGAUGAUAAUGGUGUCAGUGGUGCAAGCAGCCUCUCUACUGAAAAGUCUACAGAGGUUUUUGAGGCAUGCAACCAAUUACUGCCUUCACUACGCUUUCAAAGGUCUUUGGAAGAUUUGCAGAUGCCUAAUUCACCGAGUAAUUUUGGCCAGCAGAGUGAUCCAAAGAGUAAUACUACAGUUGAUGGCUCCUUGGCCGAUGCUACAGAGUUCAUGGAAGAGAAAAGCAAUGUUAUGUCAGAUAAGGAGGCUGAAAUUCACACCCAGAUAUCACCUGUAAAAGUAAAUCUCUCCUGUUUGAAGGACAAUUCCUCCAAUGUAGCUCCCAACUGCAUUAUUGAGAAUUCUGUUCCUCUGCAGUUGUGCGACACCUUCAGUAUUGCUAAUAACAGUGUUGAUGGACUUUAUGCUGACACUGUUGCAGAGGUUGUUGACAUGAACAGCAAUAUUGUUGAUGCAUGCAAUCAGACAUUGUCUCCAGAUUUACUGAGUGUUUGCACCCAAGAAAAUGAUCAGAGUAGUGAUAAGGUUAAAGAAUGUAUGGAACAGAACGUUGAUGGUAUGACUGAUAUGAGGGUUGAAACUGGCACCCAGAUAUUACUAAAAGAGGAAAAGGCCUUCAAUCUCACUGAAGGUUCUGCUGGAUUAGUUCCCAACAGUACUAUUGACAAAUCUGUUGCCCUACAACUGCAUCAACCCUUUGAUAUUGUCAGUAAUGACUCUUCUAAGACGGUCAGUGUUCCAGAUGUCAAUUAUUCUCCUGGUCAUGUUGAAUCUAGUACUUCAUUUGACCAUUCUGGACUGAUGGAUCAUGGUGGAAAUGAAUAUUUCAGAGUUGAACAUUUGCCUAAAACCAAUUUUUCUGAAAUUAUCGCAUUGCCUGCUCAAAGGAGUGGUCGAAGCCGCAAGACUCCAACAAAAAAGGCUCCAAGGAAACGCAGGAAUGCAUCUAAAGUGUUACAACCCCUUGGAAGUGUUGAAAGUGUCUUCAAGGGUCCUGGAAGGAAGAGAAGCUGCCAUUCCAAGCCACCCCGUUUAUCUACCUGGGGAUUAUUGGGAAGUGUUACUCAAUCCUUUGAGGAGAGUAAUGGGCUGCAGGUCCAUCAGAUUUGUCAAGGUCAGAAUGAAGGAUCACAGAUUCAAAGGGGUGGUCAAAGAAGUGGAAAACAGAAGCAAAGCGGGGCUAGUGGAAAUUUACAAUGGUCGAAGGGACCUUCAACUAAUCAUGUUCGUUUGAAGGUUAAAUUUGGGAAAGAAUUCAAUAAAAAUUCACUGUUUACCAAAGCUCCUGAGGUUGUUGAUACCUCAACAUCUGCAAAUUCAAUUCAAAUAGUGAAUGUUGUCGAAGAUAAUUGGAGACAGGAAGCGACUGUUAGGAAGUGUCAGUAUACAAACAAGAAACUAGAGGAGGAAACUUGCCAGAAUGGAGAACUUGCUAAUAAGGACUUGGAGUGUGUUUCUGUUACAGAGAAUUCAGCUGAAGAUGAGAUACAGAAUUGUGCUGGGGUUCACUCUCAUGCAAUUGCUGUAUCAUCAGGAGGAUCAGUUGGGAGUAGCUAUAGGGACCCUGGAACUUCACCUGAUUCUGAAGUUAUCAAUUUAAUUCCAGAAGCACAUGUGGAGGCAAGGCCUCAAGAAGAUUGUCAUGGUACUGUCUUCACUUCGGACAAAGUUUUAUCUGCUUCUGGAGACUUUAUAAGCAGUAAGAGAGAGAAGAAGAAACAUAAACUCCCUUCUGCGGGAAAUUGUGUUCAGGAAGACGGUUCACUGUCUCCAUGCCCAGCUAGCACAAUGAAAGCAAAACCAUCAAAACAUGAUGGAUGCAGACGGAACUGUAUUCAAGAUUUUUGCUUGGGUGAGACUUUCACUUUUUCCCCAUGCGCAAAGGCUUCAAGUAACUCAUCAAGUGACAAGGAAUUUUAUGUGGAACCCCUAUGCUUGUCAGGAGAAAGUGACCAUGGAGUUUCUAGAGAGGCUCUGACUGUGGAAAGGGGUGCAGAAGCUGAGACAGAUUGCAAUCUUGAUGUGGUCUUAGGUUUACAAUGUUCCAAGAAUAUGCUUCCUUCCUCUAACACCAAGGGGCAGAAGCCUCCCAAGGGUAAAACCAGAGGUUUUGACUCAGUGAGCAAGAGAAGUAGUACUCGUAAACCAAGGGAAAAUGACCAGAAUUCUGUUAAUAAGAGAAAAGUCAAGGAGGACAAACAGCUUACGUGCAAGGUGGAAAGUCUCCCUGAAUCAGGAGAUCUGUUUGGAGAUGCCAACUCUUCCCAUGUUGCUGAGUGCAUAGGUGUUCCUAACUUGGAUGCAGUACCUGUUGGCUUAGAUAAGCAGUAUAUACCCCCUCGGAAUGCGUGGGUGCUCUGUGAUGCUUGUAAUAAAUGGAGGCGAAUACCAGCUGAACUUGCAGACUUCAUAGAUGAAACAAAGUGCACAUGGACAUGUAGAGAGAAUCAGGACAGAGACUUUGCUGAUUGCUCAAUCCCUCAAGAGAAGUCAAAUGCGGAGAUUAAUGCAGAGCUGGAAAUAUCUGAUGCUUCAGGUGAAGAAGAUGCUUCUGGCACCCGAUUACAUUAUAAAACAUUGGAAUGCCGUCGGCCAUCAGUUUCCCAACAGAACGUUGCAUCUAUUAAAACCAAUCAGUUCCUUCACCGUAAUCGUAAAAAUCAGAGUAUUGAUGAGAUAAUGGUUUGCCAUUGCAAACCACCUAAAGAAGGCCAGUUGGGUUGUGGAGAAGAUUGCCUGAAUCGAAUGCUUAACAUCGAGUGUGUUCGAGGAACCUGUCCCUGUAGAGAUCUUUGUUCAAAUCAACAGUUCCAAAAACGCCGAUAUUCCAAACUAGAGAAGUUUCGAUGUGGGAAAAAGGGAUUUGGGCUCAGAUCGCUUGAGUACAUUAGAAAAGGGCAGUUUCUUAUUGAAUAUGUCGGAGAGGUGCUUGAUACACAUGCAUAUGAGGCACGACAAAAAGAGUACGCUGUGAAGGGUCACAGACAUUUCUACUUCAUGACACUGAAUACCAGUGAGGUAAUAGAUGCAUGUGCAAAGGGAAAUUUGGGUCGCUUCAUCAACCAUAGUUGUGACCCGAAUUGCCGCACUGAGAAGUGGAUGGUGAAUGGAGAGGUCUGUAUUGGACUAUUUGCAUUAAGAGAUAUAAAGAAGGGUGAAGAGGUGACAUUUGAUUACAACUUCGUAAGGGUGAUUGGAGCUGCUGCAAAGAAAUGCCACUGUGGCUCUCCUCAGUGUCAGGGUUACAUAGGCGGUGAUCCUCUUAAUACUGAAAUCAUUGUUCAAGAUGAUUCAGAUGAAGAAUAUGUGGAGCCAGUGAUGAUCCCAGAAGAUGGUGUAGCAGAAGAUAGUAGGGGCAGUGCGGAGGCCAGACUUGAUUCGUUAGAUCACCAAUAUGGUGCGAUAAUCCAACACGAGGAGAGUGCAUCUACAAAUAAAGAAAUCGAUAGAUCAACAAUUUCUGUUUGCAAAUUGGAUAUCACCAUGCAGAGAAAGGAGUCUGAGAACCAAUAUUCAUUGGAAUUGCAGCACCCAUUACCAUCAUUUGUCCAACCAGUUGAAGUUUUCCAACCAACAGAAGAUGUAACUAGUAGAUCCACGCCUGUUAUUCAGCAGCAGGUUUUCAGGGAAAUCGGGACUGCAGAAAAGUCCUCAAACUCCUGUGAAAGACCAGAGAUUACUUCUCCAAUAAAAGUGAUCAGCAAACCUUUAUCUGAUGAUAUUGAUGCUCCUGCAUCAGAUAGUAACAAAAACUCCAAGGUUAACACUUUUGAAGAUGAGCAGCUUCUCUCUAAGGUGCAUCGGAAUGUGAAAACUUCUCAUUCAUCCAGUUUUGUGAAGAAAGGCAAAGUUAGGAGUACUCCUCUUAAUACGAACAAAAUUCAGGUGGUAGCCAAUAAAUCUCAUGUGCUACCUUUCAAACCCAAAAGAUCAAUUGAAGGAUCAGUUGAAGAAAAGCUUAACGAGCUGUUGGAUACUGAUGGAGGGAUAAGUAAACGCAAAGAUUCCGCUAAAGGCUACUUGAAGCUUCUGUUCCUUACUGCACAAUCAGGUGAUAGUGGCAGUGGGGAAGCAAUCAAAAGCAAUCGUGAUCUUUCCAUUAUUCUUGACGCUCUUUUGAAGACGAAGUCGCGUACGGUUUUGAUUGAUAUUAUUAACAAAAAUGGUUUGAGAAUGCUACACAACAUUAUGAAGAUGUGCAGGAGAGACUUUAACAAGAUACCAAUCCUCCGAAAGCUCUUAAAGGUCCUAGAAUAUUUGGCUGAAAAGCCGCAGAUUCUUACACAGGAACAUAUUACUGGAGGUCCUCCCUGCCCGGGAAUGGAGAGCUUUACAGAGUCAAUACUAUCACUGACGGAGCAUGGUGACAAAAGGGUCCAUGACAUAGCACGCAACUUUCGAAAUAGGUGGAUUCCAAAAGCUUUAAGAAGACAUUGUUUUGUAGACAGAGAUGAUGGAAAGAUGGAAUUCAACAGGAGUUCAAACUACAAUAGAUUCCCCACAUCACAUGAUAAUUGGCGUGAUCAAACUGGAAGAUCUACUGAAGUUGCUGAUAGUGCCAAGCAAUCAGUGGUUAAAACACCACCUUCUGCUAGUACAGUUACUCAGGACGGCGCUUCUACACCUUGUACAGGUGGUUGUACAACCACUGAGACAAAAGUACGCAAGCGUAAAAGUCGAUGGGAUCAGCCAGCAGUGACAGUCCCUGAUUCAAAAAGUCGAUGGGAUCAGCCAGCAGUUACAUGCCCUGAUUCAAGUUUACAUCCAAACAAGGAACAGAAGAUCAACUGUAAACAGCUAGAAGGGGAUGCAACAUUGCUUCCUGAGAACCAGAGCAGAGAGGGUGGAAAUUGCUCCAGCACUGUGCUUCAUAUAUGUGAGCAAGUUGGUGCCGAUGUGGUUUACGCAGGAAAACAAAACAUUCUUGAUGAUGCUCCUCCUGGAUUUUCAUCUUGCCUUAAUACCCCUGUUGUUUCAUAUUUGUCAACAUCUUCAGUUAUAGGGCAUCCGCAGGCAAAGUUUGUUUCUCGCUUACCUGUCUCGUAUGGCAUUCCACUGUCUAUCAUGCAGCAAUAUGGGACACCCCAUGCUGAAACCGCUGAUACUUGGGUUGUUGCUCCUGGCAUGCCUUUCCAUCCUUUUCCACCAUUACCCCCAUGUCCUCGUCAUAAGAAAGACCCUUCUCAUGAUGUCCGUCACGCCUCAGUUAACCAAGCUUCAGAAGGACAACAAGCCAGCUGUGACACUACAAAUUGUCACUCUGAAGAAAGCACUCCAAGCACAACUGGUGUCACUCAAGCAGACUCUGGCACACCAUGUGCAAACAAUCAAUCGGGUAUUAAACGAGAGAGGGAGUCCUCAUAUGAGGCCCCUUUGGGAAGGAGAUACUUUAAACAGCAGAAGUGGAAUCAUCCAAAACUUAGGCCCCCAUGGAUGAGGGAUAGGACUGGUUGGGGAUGUAAUGGGAACAACUUCUGAGGUGGGACAAACAGCAUAGGCAUAGGAACUGUAGGAAAUGAGCUUAGAGGUCCAUAUUGUUCAGAGGACAUGAGCUAUAGGGUGGAGAAAGCUGGCAAUAAUGUCAAUCAGCAUUCAUAUAUCACCACUAAUCCACAUUCAUUCAUAGGAUGAGCUAUUCAUUUUCCUUAUACUUCACUGUGCUGCCGAUUCUUUUUUCACCGGGUUUAUUUAAACACACUUUUGUUCAAUAUUCAAGUCUUCUUCCAAUUGAAGUUCUAAUACAAAGACCUCAGUGAAAAAGAUGCUCCUAUCAGGUGUGAUAUGCUCCAUAAAUGUUGAUCCAUUGAUGAAUACCUCAGAUAGGUUAGUAGUUCUUUAUAUAUCAUUUUGAUAUUGUUAUAGGGCUUCCAUGAAUUAUCUGUUCUUGAUUAAGAUGAUAUUUGUAUGGACAUAC